AUGACCCCGCAAUCCAGCCCCUCCGCUUUUGUGGGCCCGACAUCGAAGGAGAGGAAAUAUGACCGCCAGCUCCGGCUAUGGGCAGCCAGCGGCCAGCAAGCUCUUGAGGAUUCUCGGGUCCUGCUAGUCAACUCGGAUGGCGCGGUAGAUAACGACGGUUUGCCCCUCACAGGGGUAAUUGGCACUGAGACUCUUAAGAAUCUGGUGUUGCCUGGGAUUGGUGGCUAUGCUAUCGUGGAUCCCGCGACAGUGACCGAAGCUGAUCUGGGCGUUAAUUUCUUCUUGGAGGAAAGCAGCCUGGGGAAAUCCAGGGCAGAGGAGACAUGCAACUAUCUGCGGGAACUGAAUCCAGAUGUGGAGGGCUUGUGGUUUUCGCAGCCUAUAUCGCAGAUUUUGUCAUCGGAAAAACAGUUCUUAAUGUCGUAUAGACUGGUGAUUGUUACGGGUCCAAUGAGAAGAUCUACCCUUCAAAUCAUAUCCGAACAGACAAAUGCACUUUCCAUACCAUUAAUAUACGCCCACUCGGUGGGCUUCUAUUGCUCAGUCUCUGUACAGCUCCCCUCACUAUUUCCUAUAGUUGAAACGCAUCCAGACCCAGAGUCGACGCAAGAUCUUCGUCUCACGAACCCGUGGCCAGAACUUCUAGCUGCCACGAAGAAACUUGGGAACCUAGAGUCGCUUGAUGAUCACCAGCAUGGGCAUAUACCUUAUCUCCUACUUUUGCUGCACUAUCUUGAAAGAUGGAAAGAAGGUCACAAUGGCAUAUAUCCAAAAACAUACCAAGAGAAAACUGAGUUUCGAAGCAUGGUUCGCAGUGGCGCUAGAACAAAUACUGCCGAAGGAGGCGAGGAAAAUUUUGAUGAAGCAGCAGGGGCAGUGUUGAAGAGUAUCAAUUCCUGGUCAUUAAGUAGCGAACUGCGCAGUAUAUUUCAGAUGGAGCAAUGUACGUUGCUGAAUGCACAGUCCCAUAAUUUCUGGGUAAUCGCCAAUGCUGUCAAGACGUUCUACAACAAGCAUGACGUAUUACCUCUUCCCGGCUCCUUGCCUGAUAUGAAGGCUCAAUCGGCAGAUUACAUAUCACUUCAAAAUAUCUACAAGUCUAAGGCUCGAAAAGAUCUGGCUGAGGUUGUUGCUAGUGUUCGUGCUCUCGAGUCUCUUUUAGGAGGCGAUCGAAUUGACUCCCCUAUUUCUGAGAGAGAAAUUGAGAUUUUUUGCAAGAAUGCUGCACACAUCAAAGUCAUCCAGGGGCGCCUACUCCCGUUCUUAGAUCCACAUACUCCAACAAAAGAAACAGCAAAGAUGAUUCAGGACUCACUUCGGGACCCCGAGUCUUUGAUGUCCAUAUUCAUCGCGCUACGGGCACUAGAUAUACUCGUCUCUGAAUACCAAGAGGCCAAGCCGGGGCCAGCAAAGUCCGGAGUCGCCGAUUCCGCUUCGUGGCAACGCGCCGCCUCGGUCCUCCUGCGGGCUCUUGAAACUCAUGAGGUGGAAAUUAUUGACGAAGCCGCGCAGGUGGGCAUCCAAAAUGCAAUGGAAGAAGCGCGGCGAGCGGGGACGGGAGAGCUACAUAAUAUUUCGUCAAUAGCAGGGGGGGUUGUAGCCCAGGAAGCACUGAAGGUGCUUACGAGACAAUAUGUACCACUCGAUAACACGUUCGUGUUUGAUGGAGUGAGAAGUCACGGGCAGAUGUUUAAACUCUGA